AUGUGGCGCUCAGGACAUCGUAUUUUGCAAAGCAAGUUUAGUCCUGCAAGGAUUGUCGGAUGUGUACGCGUUUCCCAGAAUGCGCGACCUUUGCAACAUAAGACGCCAUGGCUUCUUAGCAACAACGCUAGAUCCUUCAGUUCUUUCUUGUCGCAACAGUGGGCCGCCGCGAAUGUUCGUGAGCAACCCGGCGCAAUAGAAAAAAGCCAGAUACCUCCCGUUGUGCCAGGUGGCGCAUUCAACUCGCAUAUACAACCCUCCGAUAUGCUUUCGUUUGUUAACAGUGCCAGUUUUUGUUCUUACCAGUCAAAGUCGAAUCCUUCCAAAGCGCUUCUUGGAUCUGAAGAGACACUUGUAUCUCAUGCGCUGACGCAUGAGAGCUGGAUGCAUGGAAUGCAAGGUCAUAACCGUCGGCUUGCCUUUAUUGGUCGACGUGCCCUCAAGACGUAUCUCUCUCUCUUUUUCUUCGAUAUCCUCGAGCAUGCGAGGCGCACUAACUCAUCUGUCUCAGAUGUUGAAUAUCUUCAGAAUCUCCUUUCGUCUCAACAACAUGUAGAUGAUAUCGCGUCUACACACCACCUUGGGAUCGUGUCGGCCGCGAACUUGUGUCUUGAAAAGGUUAUGCGUUGGCAUUCCACUGUGCGUAUGGACCCUGUCUCUGGUCCACAAGAGAGCGGCCUUUUCAAAGUGCGUGGCUCUUGUGUUGAGGGUUUGAUCGGCGCUAUCUACCACUAUAAAGGUGCGCAAGUCGCGCAGCAGUUUUUCCUCUCUCGGAUCUUGUUGCCUUUAACAGAAGCAUACAUGCCGAAAGCGCCACCUCUCGUGCGCGAAAGAGCUGCCCUUGCCAGCCGGGAGGCGUCAGAUGCUCUCGCACAGUCACCAUAG